UCAUUCUGUGCUACCUAUUUAUCCUGCAUUGGGAGAAUCCCACCUUGACUAACCUGUCGCAGGCAUUCUGCCGGGUUGCUUUGUCUCAUGUGUACUAGCAUGACCUGGUGAUGUCUCAAAGAUACCCUCCGCCGUCUGGGUUUAACUCCCGUGACCGUUCUCCGCAGCGUUUCGGUGACCGUCGACCGCCGGCAGGACCCCGAGGGUCCGACGAUGCUAAUAUCCCUCCCUUGGGGCGGGAACCGCCCCGAGGUCCUAAAGCUCUGAUUGAUCCGCCUCGCGGUGCUUCUUUCGCCGGUCGUGGCCGAGGAUACACCGCCCGAGGAGAAUUCCGCGAACGAGACCGAGACGUUCGAGAUCGCGAUCGAGACCGAGACCGAGACUUUCGAGAUGCCCGUGAUGGCCCGCCACCUUUUCGCCGCGACCUGGAUCGAGACCGGGACUGGACUCGCCGCGAUCGCGACUUUGACCCUCGAGAAUCCCGCAUCGGCUUUGGACGCGGUCGUUCGCGCUCUCCUCCCCCACCUCGCGACUUUCGAGAUAUCAGAGAGCCCCUUGGUCGAGACCCAGAUAUCGUCCGUAUGCGACGCGGCUCUCGUGAUAGUUUGAUUUCUGUAUCUUCGGCUGUGCCGGACGUUCCAGCGGGUAGUAGUCACCAUGUGCGGACAGGUCCUCCCCUCCGUGGGCGGGGUCGGGGUGAGUGGGAAGCAGGACGCGGCAGAGGCCGGAUGCAAUACUUGGAUGAUCGCGACACCUUCAGACGCAGAAGUCGAUCUCGCGACGGCCGUUGGGAUCGGGAACGUGACCGCGACCGGGAGAGAGAUCGAGAUCGAGAGCGUGAGCGUGAUCGUGAACGAGAUAGAGACCGCAUACUCGACCGUGACCGCGAAAGAGAACGAGAAAGAGGACCCUUGGAUCGCGACCGUGAGAUUGAUCGACGAGAACGGGAAAGAGAACGUGAAUUAAUGGAAAGUCGACGAGAAAGAUUUGAGCGGCGAGAUGACUUGGAUCGCCGCGUCGAGCGCGAGGAUCGAGACCGACCGGGGGAUCAACGGAAGCGUGAUCCGCCGACCAACCGUGUAGAAAAUCCCAACCGGAUACCGAGUAUAUCUGCCGCCUCAACUGUUGUUCCCGCACCGCAACCGACCCCUGCAGUUCUCGAGCGGGUACCCGAAAUCCCUGUGCCGGAGCCACCAAGCAAGCUAGCUGGAGGAGAUGUCCGUCGCGAGCCUGAACGAACUGAGGCACCGGCAUCUCGUACAGAGGCACCGAAGGAAGUAGCUGCGCCCGUCAAGCGGUCUUCACCCCCGGCCGCACCACAAGUCCCCGCAUUUGGGUCGGUUUCUGCAUCAGUUCCUGAAGUCACGGCCGACAAACCGGCUACCGAGUUAGCCCCUAGUCCACCCCCCCUUGCCAAAGCCGAAAAGGACCGCCCCGAGCUUCUACCACGGGUCCCAGGGCCUCCUCCAACGGCUCCGAAGGCUGAGCGGGCACCUCAAUUGCCUCUCGAGCAACGAAUCCGACGGGAUGAUACUCGCCGUGAUGAUACCACUGAUGUUCCCGCAAAGUCCGAGCCCCUCGCACGAGUCUCGAAACCACCUGCUGCCCCUCUGCCCAGUGGACCCAAGGUGGCGGAGCUUUCUCCCCCCACUGCGCCAGCAGCCAUGGUGGCCAAAGAGACAUCGGCAUUCCACGAGGCGACGUCGCCUAGCAAGGUAGGACCAGUCCCUUUGACGGUUGAUUUUGGGCGGAGACCGUCUGCAGCCGGUCGUGCGGCGUCUCCAGGCGCACAUACCUCCCCCAGAAUGCCAAACUCAACGAUUCCAACCGGUCCGCGCGCAUUGCAACAGCGGCCGUCUGUCUCUCGGGGACCGCCGAAGCCCAACAAGCAGUGGGUCCGUCCAGGAUACAGUCGACCGCCGACCGCGCCGAGCUCAAACAUCCCUGCAAAGCGAGAUUCCAUUGACGGGAAGGAGCGCAGUCUGUCGUUCAGCGAAGAGCAUCGGCGUGAUUCGCGCACUGACAAUGAUGAUUCAGGCUCUGGGCCAGAAGCCGGAGAAAUAGUCAGUGAGAAGGAUCCCACUGAGCCGAAGCUUGAACUUCCGCCCUCACCACCCCUAGUGGCGCAACCAGAAAGACCCCGCGAGAGGUCACCUCCGCCCGUGGAACAACAGCCGCCACCAUCAAAGCCAGUGGACGCGCCCAAGAAUGUGGUUAUUCCAGAUUUCACCAGAACUAGCGACGAAGAUGAAGACGAAAACAUUGUCUUUACGCAAGAUUAUCUCGAAGAGCGCAAACGUAUCUUUGAGAAAGACAUGCAAGCGCUUCGCGCGGAGCUUCCUCCGUCGCCGCUUGAAGAUCCGACUAUUGUAGCACUGCUCAUGCGGAUUCAAUUACUAGGUGCUCUAGCGCAUGCCACUGUCAAGGAGAAAACUCCAAGCCCUCCGCCUGUCGCGGCAGAGGAGAAGGUAGCCAGUGAUGACCAGCCGGAGGCAAUGGAUGUGGAUGUCACCGCCGAGCCCAAUGGCAAGGCUGAAGAUCACGAGCUACCGGCCAAGGAGGUCAUGGAAACAGUCCCCGCCGCCGAAGUACUGCCUGUGGAGACCCUACCGUUUCUCAACACUGGUCCUCCGACUCCAUUGUCCGAUUUAGACAUCUAUCAGGAGAAUGCAGCAGCCCACGAGCAGCUCAAGGAUAUCUUCCGCGGAGAGCUCAUGAAGCAACGUAAGGAGAUUGCCCAGAAGAAUGCCGGGCUCCGGGUUGAGUACCUUUCGCACUACAAGCCCUGGAGGAUGAAUGUCUGGGAAUUGGACAAUGCGAGAGAAAAGACGUCAGUCACGCCGGGACCGACCCCGCCACCCGCUGCUCCUAUUCCUGUGACAGCUACACCAGGUGCUGAAAGUGGGCGCCGAUACAAAGGAAACAGCGAGUUGGACUUUCAAAAUGCUCUUCGUGCCUCGGAGAUCUCUGCGCAGGAGGAGCUUGAGAAGCGUCGCGGCAACAAAGCUACAGCUCAUCCGGACUUGUCCCGCGAGGCUGUGAUUCCGGACAUGCUGGAACCUCGUGAGGUGAAAGCACGGAUUUAUAAAGACACCAACAACAUCGUCGACCCUGACAACGCUAUGGACGUCUUCGGGUUUCUUCCACCUCCCAACGACUUCACCAAAGAGGAACACGGGAUCUUUACAGAUGCGUUCAUGGCGCAUCCGAAGAAGUGGGGCAAGAUUGCAGAGUCUCUACCAGGCCGUGACUUUCAGCAAUGUAUUAUACAUUACUAUCUCACCAAGGAAGAGAUCAAAUACAAGGCCAAGCUCAACAAACGAUGGAGUCGUCGAGGUCGGGCCAGAAGAUCCGCUCGUCCAAAGUCGAAUGCGCUCAUGGCUGAUCUGGGUGUGGUCAAGCCAGACUACGAAGGGGAAGAAGAGCCCGCGCCCGUUACGGAUACCGGUCGUCCCCGACGUGCAGCUGCUCCCACAUUCGGAGACUCAUCGGCGGAUACGGAUGCAAACGGUCGUCGUGGAAAUGCUAAGGACGGGGAACAAACCGAGAGACCGAGCAGGCGAGGACCUCGCAGUGGCGGUGGCACCCGUGGGGGUCGGCGAGGCAAAGCUGCCCAGCAGCAACAACAACAGCAGCAGCAGCAACAGCAACAGCAGCAGCAACAACAACAACAGCAGCAACAGCAGCAACAGCAACAACCGCAGCCGCAAUCACAAUCGCAACGGCAAACACCGCAACCGACGCCAUUGGAGCAAUCUGCUCAAGCGACACCAUUGCCCCCUGUUGGAAUUGCAGUCACUCCCGUACCGAAGACGGAGGUCUUUGAACAAUCGCUUGAUGGAGCUGCUGCAGCAGAGAUUCCAAUCGUUCGCAAGGAGCCGCAAGAAAAAGAACCGAGCGACGUUCCACCACGGGCGCGAUCAGGACGAGGACGUCAGAAAGAGGGGGUUUAUGUUUUCGAAUCCAACGAGCCCGAAGCCCCCGCCCCCGCCAGGCAGCCUGAAGUCAGCGGAUACGGAUCCUUGCAGCCCACCAGUUACUGGUCGGUGCCCGAGCAACGCGAUUUUCCUUUGUUGCUGGCCCAUUUCGGUCGCGAUUUUGAAGGUAUUUCCAACUUCAUGAAGACCAAAACAACAGUCAUGGUCAAGAACUACUUUCAACGCCGCAUCGACUCGGGCAACAAAGACUUUGAGGAAAUCGUUGCAGGUGCCGAGGCGAAGAAGGCCCGCGGUGAACCAACUGGUCCCUUGCCUGUGCCGAAUUUCGCCUCGAAGCGCCGCUACGAAGCCACCCCCUCUGCCAUAAUCAUGCCCCGGCCUCUCGCACCUCAUACUGACGUAGCAGUGCCUGAAGCGGAGGAAGGUCGGCUCGGGCCCAAAAGCAAGCCACUUGGGUCCUCUCAGCAGGUCCCUCUCCAUACUCGACCCGCGCAAGAAAAAGAGCGGAAUGUCUCGCGUUACCCUCCGCUUGCCCAAGCUGGUGCCGUACCGGUGCCCAUCCGCGGGGAUGACGCUUCGCGACCAGUGCGCGCUCAGGCUUCGGCUCCCAUGCCACCGCGACUGCAAGGCCCACGUCUGGGGUAUUUUGCCGACGACCGGCGAGAGAUUCCUGGGACAGUGCUCACUCACACUCCAGCAUCUCAUGCUCAGGAAGUGUCCAUGUCUUCCCGUCAAACACCGGUGUCGGCUGCGGAAAUGGCCCGUCUUGACCCACUCCACGCUCAGGGCUACCGGACUGCCAACAUGGACAUUCAUGGGUCACCGUUGCUUCCAUCACAAGCAGCCCUCCCGGCCUCGCAGCCUGCUUACAUGCCACCCCAACAUCAACCAUCGUUGAUGUCUACCGGGACUCACUCUCGACAGCCGAGCUUGACAAAGACGCCCAGCUCACCCGCUCAACCACUUUUGGGACACGAGCCUGAACACUCCCCUCUCCGGCGCGACUCGAUCUCCCAGCGACCCUACUUUACUCUCCCGGGUCAACCAGCAAGUAUUGUUCAGCCUCCAAUCCUAUCGCCUCCCAAGGAGCUUCUACGGCCGGGUUCGACUCCCCUUGAGCCGCCGGAGCCGCCGCGUGUGCCUGCCAAACGGUCGAACAUCAUGAGUAUUCUCAAUGACGAACCGGAAGAGCCACAACCACGGAAGCGGUUCGCUUCCGACCAGGUAUCCACCCCAGCAAGCCACACAGGAUCCCCAUCCCGUGUCGGGUAUGCUGGUCUGCAACCGCUGUCGCAGCCACCUUCCCGCGCCGAAGAUCCUGGUUUGUCGGCUCAACCGAAGGGUCCGGCUUACGGCGCCCCAAGCCCGUACCUUCCGCCAGCUCGCACGUAUGCUGAAUAUCAACCUUACGGCUCUGUGUCCGGGGCCUCCGGCCCGGCUAAUAAUGAUUGGAUGGCACGGUUCGACCCGCGUGGGCAACAACCCCCAGGGCCUCCACCACAGCAGCAGCAGCAAGCGCCGCCACCACAGCCCAGCAGCCGCGCGUCUGCAUCGCUGGCCUCUCAGUCGGCUUAUUCGCCGUAUGCGUCUCAUCAAUCGUUGCCUGGUUCCUCGUUGCAGAAUCUUACUGCACCGUCGCCGGCUCCUACGCCCUCGCCGGCUGCGACGCAACGGCCCGCCUACCACGCUCCUGUGUAUGCGCCCUCCCCCGCGUCCCACGCCCAGGCCAGUGCGGCUGCGUCGCGGGAGCUUGCUGCGCAGAACGCAAUGUAUCGAUCGGCGGUUGAUUCUCCCACACCGCGCAACGGGAGUCUUGCGUCAUAUGGAUCUCGACAGGGACCACCCACGCCCAUACAGUCGCCUGCGAACAUCCUGGGGAUGCCGGCGCGGCCAUCUGCUGUCAGCUCCUCGGCAUAUGCGUCGGCGCCACCCACGCCCGGCGCGGGGCUGUCAGCGCAACAGCAUGCGAACCAUCAAAGCUACCAGCAACAUGUGCAAACCAUGGUCAAUGGGGCUCAUCAACAAGCGGCUCACCGGUCGGCUCUGGGGCUGGCUGGCACCGUAGCGUACGGUCAUAGCACGCCGCCUCCGCAGGGUCAGAUGUCCCGGGCAGCAGGCCUGCCGGGGCCGGGGCCGCAACCGAUGGCGAUGGGCCGGUCGUACACGCCGCCGGCGAUCCUGCAGCCCAACCCCGCGGGCGGGUUGAGCUAUGCACCUAGUGGUGCUAUGCACGCCUUGCAAGGACGACCCGGGGGUCUCGAACCUGGACCGCAUGGGGCGCCGGGACACCAUCGCGUGUACAGCCAGGGGUCGAAUGCGGGAGGACUUCCUGGACCGUUGACCCCCCAUCCUCGAUAGCUGCACGGUUUACGAAAUAUGUCUAUAGUGGGG